CCCCGCUCUUUUGGUUCUGAAUUGUUUUUUUUGGACUCCAGUUGAGGAAACGCGAAACACCCAAAACAGAUCAGCCAAGUGGGACAAAAGAAGGAGAACGUGCAGGGAGGGGGGUUGCGGGGGCCCAGCAGAGGUGGCCUCGAACGUAUGUGGGGGGGUCUUGCUUGUUAAAAGUUAAAGUCUUGAGCUCCCACUUCCUGUCUGCAGUCCGACUCCCAGGCUGAAGGACUCGUCCUCCGGGCUCUCUCGUUCUUUGCUCGGCGGAUCUAUUUGGGCGAAUACUAACCCCCCCCCCCCAACCUGGGGGUUUGCGGGCGUGCACGUGAGGCGCGUGCGUUGUUGACGUUGGACUGUGCCCCGACGGCCAGCGCAGGUCCUGAGAGACUCCGUCCCAGCGACUUGAAGGUCUCCACGGUCGGACUCCGUUCCGCAGCAAAGGAUCCGUCCUGAAGUCCACGCCGGUCCCUGCGGUCUGGAGCGUGUUCAGCUCCAGGACCGGGACGCCACUUCACACAGUUCCAGAGAAGACCGGAGCGGGUUGUCCCGUGCAGACUCCAGGACCGGGACGCCACUUCACACAGUUCCAGAGAAGACCGGAGCGGGUUGUCCCGUGCAGACGCGAGGUCCCCCUCCCGACGACCUCGGGGUCCGAGAUGGCCGCCUUGAGGGCGCUCCUGCUGCUGCUGCUGGCGGGCGCGUUGUCGCCGACGACCGGCGCCCGUGUGGAGGUGAACGCGGGCAUGGAGGUGGCCAGGGGGCGCCGGGCCUUCCUGGGGGCGGAGCAUCUGAGGAUCGCGGCGGAGGCCGACGCCCACUGCAAGGUGGAGGUGGUCCUGAACGAGCCAAUCACGCAGCGGGUGGGACGUCUGACGCCGCAGGUGUUUGACUGCAACUUCCUGCCAGAAGAAGUCUCGUACCAACACAACGGAAGUCCUCUGUUGAACCGCGACCAAGUCCUACUGCGAGUGUACUGGUUCGGCUCUUCGGAAACAUCGGUGGAGUCGGCGCUUUUGCGGAUUCGCGUGGCGGACCGGUCUUCGGGCCUGGCGACCUUGGGCACGACCCCGCUGGCGGUUCCGGUCUUCUACGGGCUGUCCAACGCCAUCGACGACUCGGUGGUGAACAUCCGGAACCCGGGCCGCGCCGCGUGCACCGUGCGACUUCUCGCCGCCGCCGGUGCUCUGACUGCCGGUCGGCUGGUGCGGGACGACGGUGCCCUCCAGAGGACGGGUCGCGAGGCGCCGUGCCCGGGAAAGAAAGCCUGCGCCAGCGGCACCGAGGAAGCGGGCUUCCUGAAGACCGGCUGCCGGGACUUCCUGAGUUCGGGCCUCAAGUACCGACACCUGAGCCCGCCCUCGCCCGACCUCGACUACGUCGCCGUCAGCGUUGAACUGAGGGAGCAGGAUGGCGGGACGCCGCUGGAGACCGAGUCUCUGUGGUUGCCGGUCCGCAUCGUCGGGGCGACGCCCAACCAGCCGCCGCGGGCCGCCUUCGUGGCGUCCUUCAUCCUGGAAGUGGACCAGUUCAUCCUGACCCCCAUCACCACCGCCGCCUUGGACGCGGAAGACCCCGAGACCCCGAAAGACGGGCUGGUGUUCAACGUGAGCGCCCCGCCCCCCCGAGGCUACGUCACCCACCUGGACCGGCCCACCGGGCCCGUGGGCUCCUUCACCUGGACGGACCUCCACCACCUGAAGGUGGCGUACCGGCCGCCCAACAGCAGCCGCCCCACGCGCGACAACUUUCGGAUGGAGUUCCGGGCCAUAGACGCGUCCCACGCGGCCAGUCCGCCCCUGGCGCUGCACGUGUCCAUCAAGACGGCGGAGACCAACGCGCCGCGGGUGUCGUGGAACACGGGUCUGGACCUGCUGGAGGGGCAGUCGCGAGCGAUCACGUGGGCGGAGCUGCAGAUCGUAGACCGCGACGACGUCGACGACCGCGUCUUCCUGGUGGCCGUGGACGGGCCGCGGCACGGACGCCUCAGCGUCAGAGGGGCGAAGGCGUUCACGUUCAGCGUGCGGGACCUGCGCGAGGGGGCGGUGGUCUACGAGCACUCGGGCAGCGACACCACCCACGACCGCGUGGUCUUCCGCAUCAGCGACGGGCGCCACAGCGUCCGCCACAAAUUCCCCAUCAACAUCGUCCCCCGCGACGACGCGCCCCCCUUCCUGGUCAACAACGUGGCGCUGGAGGUCCCGGAGGGCGGCGCCCUCAGGCUGGACCCGUCCGCCCUCUUGGCCUCCGACCUGGACUCGGACGACGAGCGCAUCCUCUUCACGGUGGACGUCCCCCCGCGGGCCGGCCGGAUCGUCGCCGGGACCUCCCCCCGCGAUCCGGGCGUCCCCGUCGCUGCCUUCCUGCAGCGCGACUUGGUCGGAGGUUCGAUCUUCUACCGACACUCCGGAGACGAAAUCUUCGAGGACUCCUUUGACGUCACGCUGGCCGACGCCCAGACGCCGCCCAACCUGUCGCACGCUUACACGGUGGUGGUGCGCGUGUUCCCGGUGGAAGACCAGCUUCCCGUGGAAUCUCCCGGAAGGGUGCGCCACGUGACUGUCAAGGAGACGCAAGUGGCGUACAUCACCCGCGCGCACCUGCACUUCACGCACCCCGAACACCCGCAGGCCGAGCUCACCUACAACGUGACUCGCCCGUGCUACAGCCCGCGGCAUCCUGGGUUGAUAGACGCGGGUCGGCUCUUCUACGUGGACGGCGUCGCCGCCCCGAGGCGGGACCCGACGGCGCCGGCGCUGAAGUCCUUCACGCAGCACGCGGUGGACCACCUGAAGGUGGCCUACAUGCCGCCCCUGGAGGACAUCGGACCCGACCGGCUCGACGUCCAAUUGGUAUUGUCGGUCAGCGAGCGUCGCGGAGGCGCCGUCGCCGGCGUCGUCUUCAACAUCACCGUCACGCCCGUCGACGACCAGGCGCCUCAGGCCUUCAGCAACUUGUUGCGCGUGGAGGAAGGCGGUUGGGCGUUGGUGACGGAGGAGCACCUUCUGGUGCGCGACCGCGACACCCGCUCGGCGGCCAUCGGGGUGGAGGUGGGGCGGGCGGCCCGUCGCGGGCGUCUGGAGCUGCGGGGGCGGAGCCUACGACGCGGAGACGCUUUUACGCUCGCGGAUCUCCGAGGACUUGCCGUCAGGUACGUCCACGACGACUCCGAGACCGCCGAGGACGACGUCGGGUUGCGCGUGACGGACGGCGUCAACGCGGUCGACGUGGACCUGCUUGUCCAGGUUCUCCCCGUGAACGACGAACCCCCCCAGCUAGGCGACGGGCUCCGCGACGACCUGCGCUGCCCGGAGGGGGGCCGCGUCCAGGUGACGGCCGACUACUUGGCGGCCACCGACCGGGACAGCGACGACGCUAAGCUGAGCUACACGCUGGCGCGGCGGCCCGCCAGGGGCGAGCUGCGGAAGGGGGGGCUUCCCGUCGACAAGUUCUCGCAGCAAGACCUCCUGCGGGGUCUCGUCUUCUAUGUGCACACAGCUAACAGCGUUGCCGAACGAGUGGCCAGGCCGCCGUUGACGGCGCGACGUCCUGCGGUCGUCUCCAGGAGGCGAGAUCGGCCCGGUUCCCGCCUCCGACGCCGUCACGCUCGUCGUCUCCGACGGCGACGCGGGCGGGACCGACGGCUGCCGCUGCGGCGAUGCCCCGCCGGUCCCGCUGCACGGCACGCUUCCUGUGUACGACCUCAACGUCACGUUACUUCCCGUCAACGACAAAGUUCCCGCCGUCAUACUGGGGGCGUCGGUGCUGGCGGCGGACGAGGGUUCCCGGGUGUGUCUGCGCGGGGGCGUCCUGGGGGCCUCGGACCCCGACAGCCCCCCCGAGCAGUUGACCUUUCACCUGGACGCCGACCCUCUGCACGGCUUCCUGGAGAACGUUCGGCCGACGCCGGGACACGAGAAGAGCAACGCGGGAAUUCCCAGUCGUUCGGGUUGGACGAGUUGACGUCAGGCUUCAUCAACUACGUCCAAUCGGAGCACGAGGGGGCGGAGCCGACGGCGGACCAACUGCUGAUCAGCGUGAGCGACGGCCUGCAUCGCUCCGCCUCCGUUCCCGUCUCGGUCGUCAUCAAUCCGACCAAUGACGAGAAGCCGUCGCUGCGGCUCGCCGACUUUACCGUGAAGGAGGGGGGCGCCCGGGAGCUGACCCCCUCCCUCCUGGAUGCCUUCGACCUGGACGCCCCUCCGGACGUGCUGACCUUCAGCCUGACGGGGGCGCCGGCGCACGGCAGCCUGAAGGCGGGCGGCCCCGAAGGUCCCGGCGUCGCCUCUUUCACCCUGCGGCAGCUGCGGCAGGGCCUGAGGCUGUGGUACGCGCACGACGGAUCGGAGGCCUCGGAGGACCGUCUGACUCUGCAUCUGACCGACGGCGUCCACUCGCUGAGCGCCAGCGCCGCCGUCAGCGUGCUGCCCGUCGACGACCACCCGCCCCGCCUCCUCAGGAACGCCGGCGUGAGGGCGGAGCCCGGCGUGCGACGGGCGCUGACCGCCGCCCUCCUCCGGGCCCACGAUGCCGACACGUCGCCGCGGAAACUCUUCUACCUGCUGGAGGCGGCGCCGCGUUUGGGAAAACUGCAUCUGAAGACGAGCGAAACGGACCGGACGGAGCUCGCGGCGGGUCACAACUUCACUCAGGACGACGUGGACGCUAACCGGCUAAGCUACACGGCGUACGCUAACGCCGGCGCCGACGGCUUCCGUUUCGGCCUCAGCGACUUGGUGCACCGGAGCUCCGCCCACGUCUUCAACGUCACCAUCCACGCCGCCCGCAAAGGCGACAUCUCCUUGUGGACCGGCGCCGUGCCCGUGGCGGAGGGCCAGCGUGCGGUGCUCAACACCGACUUCCUGCGGGCGGCGGACGGCGGCGGGCGGCCGGACGAGCUGGUCUACGCGGUGACGGCGGCGCCGCGCCACGGCUUGCUGCACGACGUGGCGAGGCCCGGCGUGCCGCUGAGCGCCUUCACGCAGAUGGACGUCGCCGCGCAGCGCGUCUGCUACACGCACGACAACGGACACCGACACCACAGUGACGCCUUCAGCUUCGCGGUCAGCAACGGCGAGCGGUCGCGGACCGGCAGCGUCCUUUUUUCCAUCCAGGCGGCGGACCGCGUCCCGCCGACGUUGGAGGUCAACGCGGGCGCGGCGGUGGCGGCCGGCGGCACGGCGGCCAUCACGGCCGAGCACCUGCGGCUCAGCGACGCUCGAGCGGCCGCCUCCGACCUGAGCUUCGCGCUGGUUCGGCCGCCGCGUUCCGGGAGCCUGCUGCUGCGGGGCGUCCCGCUGGGCCCCGCCGGCGUCUUCACCCAGGCGGACGUGGACGGGGGCCGCCUGGCUUACCGGCACGACGGCGGCCCGGCGCCGGACGACGCCUUCCGCUUCCUGCCCGGGGACGGCCGCGAUCGAGGCUAUUUGCGGUUCGGACGGCUGAGGACGGAGCCGGCGGUCUUUCGCAUUCACGUGCGGCGCCCGGACCGCUCGCCCCCCAUCCUGACCCGGUUGGGGCGCCCCAGCGAGGUGGUCCAGCUCAGCGACGGUCGGCGGGCGAUACUCAUCACGUCCAGACAUCUCCGGGCCGCGGAUGACCGCGGUGCGCCCGAGCGGCUCCAGUUCGCCGUCGUCACGCCGCCGCGCUUCGGACACCUGGAGAAUAUCCACACGGGAUCUUACGUCCGAGGCCGUUUCACGCAGCGAGACGUGGAACGCCGCUCGCUGAUCUUCGUGGUGCCGACCGACGUGGACGCGACGGACGACGACUUCCUGUUCCGCCUCAGCGAUCCGGCGGGGAACGCCGCCUCGCCGCAAACGCUGCGUGUGUCCUGGUCCCGCAUCGAGCUGUCGGCCAGCUGCUUCCGGACCUGCGAGACGGCGGAAAGGCUCCAGAUCGAGAUCCGACGGCGCGGGACGAGCGCCGACCCGGCGUACGUGGCCAUCCGGGUCCAGGACGGGACGGCCGAAGCGGGUCGCGACUUUACACACAGCACGGCCGCACUGAUCCAGUUCGAUCCAGGCGUGCAUCGCAAAACGUGGAGCGUUUACCCGGAAGCCGACGACCUGGAGGAGGGCGAGGAGAACCUGACGGUCACGCUGGCCGACCCCAAGAACGCCGUCCUGGGCCGGACCGCCUCCGCCAGGGUGGAGAUCGUCGACCCCAGGGGAGGACGCUGCGACCUCGGCGCGGCCCCGCCUCCUCCUCCCGUCGCCCCGACCGCGGACGACUCGGUCCCGGAUGUGGAGGCGGAGCUGAUCUGGGAGAGCGCAGCCCCUCCCCGCGGCGACGUCCCCGACCGCAGACACUCCGGUCCAGGAAAACCGCCGCAAUCCGGAAGAGCACAGGAGGAGGUAGCGAGGGGCGCUGGGAGCGCCGGACUGGAGGCGCCGUUUGCGGGAGCGAAGCCGGACCGGCGAGUCUGGACGUUCCACGCUUUGACGUCCCUGCGGGAGGAGGCGCCGGCGGGACACGAGAGAAGGAGGCGGAGCGACGUCGCCCGGCGCAGAGUACUUCCAAAAUGGCCGCCUGCUCGCGUGUUUGGGAGAACGGAGGGAAAACACGAAGAUGCCACCUUUGAUCGUCUUGAAAAUGUGCAGCUCACCCACGUGUAAAGAGAAAAUCUCCAAAAAUUUAUGGCUGGUU